AUGGCUGCCGCUACAAUUCAACCAUACGAGCUGUACAGCGAUGCUCCUGGUUUCUUAUUGAACAAACCAGAGUGGGAAGAAGCAGACGCCGCACAUCCCGAGACAUUUGAUUUUGGAAAACAGCCUCAAGGCUGGCCAGUCAAGUUUACUGGUCCAGAUGUUUGGACUGGCGAUCAUCUCGAAAAGCACCCGGACUUGUACAUCAAGACUCUAACUCAGGGUGAAAUCGGAGAGAUUGACAGCGCAAUCAAGGCUUGGAGACAGCUCAAAAUUCCAGUCUCUUCUAUCGAUAGAUCCAACUUCAGACUUCCCACGGUUGGGCCCAUUUUGCGCCAACUUUCAGACAACAUCUAUAAUGGUGUAGGCGUUCAAAUCCUAAGGGGGUUUCCCAUCCAGAGAUACGACAAGGAGGAGCAAGUUAUCGCAUUUUUAGGCAUCAACUCCUGGAUCGGAGACCGUCGGCUCAAUCAAGGGGCCGGGCGAGGAGUCUGCCAUAUCAAAGGUGAAAUCGGAGAGAUUGACAGCGCAAUCAAGGAUUAA